CGCAUCCUUCUGUUUCCAGACUUCAACGACUCCUAUGCCUUCCAAGACUACGCCUUCUGUUUCCUCCUCCAACCACCCAGCCCUGGGUACCAUUAUUGAUGAAGGCACAUUAGAACUCGUCGAGGUCCUUGGAGUUGGAGGUUAUGGUGUCGUCUACCGCGCAGAGGAUACCUUUACCUCUUCCCCAAAAUCUUACGCCGUGAAAUGUCUCAUGCACUCAAACAUUCAUUCAUCCCGCCAGCGACAACUCCAUAUCCGAGAAAUCGCCCUUCACCAAAUCGCCAGCGCUCAUCCUAACGUCAUCUCUCUGCAUCGUGUUGUCGAGGACAACAAACACACCUACAUCAUUAUGGACUACGCUCCCGACCAUGACCUCUUUUCCCAGAUUCGCAACAACUGUCGCUAUUUGGGGCGCGACCAUCUCAUAAAGCAUGUUUUUCUUCAGCUGCUCGACGCCGUGGAAUAUUGUCAUUCUCUUGGCAUCUACCACCGUGAUCUGAAGCCCGAGAACGUGCUUUGCUUUGACGAUGGCCUUCGGAUAGCCAUCACAGACUUUGGUCUCGCUACGACGGACAAGGUUAGCGCAGAGUUUCGGACAGGGAGCGUGUACCACAUGAGUCCUGAAUGCCAGGGCGGUGAAUUUGCCCUUUCUGGGACCUACUCGCCCAUGGCCAAUGAUAUCUGGUCGUUGGGUAUCAUCUUGCUGAAUUUGGCUACGGGCCGAAAUCCAUGGAAGUCUGCGACAGCGUCAGAUCCUACUUUUCAGGCGUACCUCCGCGACCCCCAAGGGUUCCUGCCUACAGUGCUUCCCAUCUCGCAAGAGAUAAACAGCGUCUUAAUUCGGAUGCUUGAUAUCGAUUGGCGGGAGCGACUGACGUUGACGGAGCUGCGCCAGCUCGUUGAGGACAUAUCGUCGUUCUAUUCGGACGGUGCUAUCUUUGAGAGCAGUAUGGCUCGUUGUCCUUGGGAAGCCGACAUGGAUAUCGACACAGACUCGUCGAAGGAACUACUACCCGUCAACUCUCACCACGCAGAACUAAAAUCUCACUGGAGCUCAGAUACCGACUCCGACAUCAUUUUUGCCAGCCCGUCCACGACAGCUGAGUCCAAUUACGGCCAGUCUUGGACACAAGACCCUGCCUGCCAAGCUAUGUGGGAGAUGGACAGCGUCGACAUGAGGUCUUUGUUUGUCAGACCAUGUACUCCAGCAUCGUCCCGCUCCCUUUUAUCUCCUUGUAACUCCGGUUCCGCGUGUUCCUUUCCAAAAACUCCGAAUAGCGUCGACCACAGCUUUGGGGGCAGGGCUCAGAUUCAUGAUAUAUCUCACCGGAGAGUGCCACUCACCAUUGACACCAACUUCUGUCGCCCACAACACUAUACCGACCCCAGUCCGAGCAUGAAGUCAUUCACGACUGCGUCGUCCGUCAUGCAGACUGCGGUUGAGUACGAUCCUUACGAUUCAUCAUUCUUUCUUGCCAGCGCUGCAUCGCCUUCUAAAUUAUCCCAGAUGCCAGAAUCUGUGAUUUUGGACUCGUUCUCGUGUGACGAUAAGGCCAUGUCUUCGCCCUCAGUGUAUUCCGGGACGGAUAUAUCUCCCAAUUCGAGGUACUCCUCAACGAGGAGUUUCUUCGAGAUCGCAACAGAGGGACGUUCAGACUGUGUUUCGCCGAGCAUUCAUACACACCCAUUAGUGCACAUCCAGCAUUCCCCGUCAUUGGGUGGUUCUACAGACCAGGACAUAACGCCUCCUUUCUCCCUCCCGCCGAAGAGCAUCAAACUUCUCGGCGAGAAAACCAAAACCAGAUUCCUUGACCUUUUUCCGCGGUCUCGCUGCCCGUCACGUUCCCCUUCCCCCCUACCACCUUCCAUCUCCCACUCACCCCAACAUACCCAUGAUUCCAAUUUUACAGAUGCUCCUCUUCCUGACCCUUUCACGACAUUUACGUUCGGACAACUCACCCCUUCGCCACUUAUGGAGAACUGGCCGGGUUUAGCUCUCCCUGAAACUCCUGCAGUUCUCGAACGGCAAGCUUGCUCACGCACUACUUACAUUCGUUCACCGCGUUAUUGGUUUUUACCUGGUAAAUUAUUCACUUCUUCUGGAGCUUCUUGAUAUCGGUCCAUUCCCUUGUUGUAGCAUAAAUCUUUGCGUAACAUGAACGUCUGCCGCACGUUUCAUCUCUCGUCAAUACCUAGAAUGCAACUUCUCUCCUUUGUAACUAUGUGUAACACGCGG